AUGAGCUGUCGCCUGCAGAGCUCCUCCACCAGCUAUGGAGGUGGUUUUGGGGGUGGCUCUUGCCAGCUUGGAGGAGGCCGCAGUAUCUCUACCUGUUCUAGCCGUUUUGUCUCUGGAGGAUCUGCUGGAGGCUAUGGGGGUGGCAUGAGCUGUGGCUUUGGUGGAAGCUUUGGUGGUGGCUUUGGUGGUGGCUUUGGUGGAGGUUUUGGCAGUGGUUUUGGCGACUUUGGUGGUGGCGAUGGCAGCCUCCUCUCUGGCAACGAGAAGGUGACCAUGCAGAACCUCAAUGACCGCCUGGCUGUCUACCUGGAAAAGGUGCGUGCUCUGGAGCAGGCCAACACAGAGCUGGAGGUGAAGAUCCGUGACUGGCAUUUGAAGCAGAGUCCAACUAGUCCAGAGCGGGACUAUAGCACCUACUACAAGACCAUUUCUGAACUCCGGGAGAAGAUCCUGGCAGCCACCAUUGACAACAAUCGGGUCCUGCUGGAGAUUGAUAAUGCCAGGCUGGCUGCAGAUGACUUCAGGCUCAAGUAUGAGAACGAGCUGGCCCUGCGCCAGGGUGUGGAAGCCGACAUCAAUGGCCUGCGCAGGGUGCUGGAUGAGCUGACCCUGUCCAAGACUGACCUGGAGAUGCAGAUUGAGAGCCUGAAUGAGGAGCUGGCCUAUAUGAAGAAGAACCAUGAGGAGGAGAUGAAGGAGUUCAGCAACCAGGUGGUAGGCCAGGUCAACGUAGAGAUGGAUGCCACCCCAGGCAUUGACCUGACCCGUGUGCUGGCUGAGAUGAGGGAGCAGUACGAGAUCAUGGCAGAGAAGAACCGCCGGGAUGCUGAGGAAUGGUUCCAGAGCAAGAGUGUGGAGCUGAACAAGGAGGUGUCCUCUAAUGCUGCCAUGAUUCAGACCAGCAAGACAGAGAUCACAGAGCUUAGGCGGACACUUCAGGGCCUGGAGAUUGAGCUGCAGUCUCAGCUGAGCAUGAAAGCCGGGCUGGAAAGCACCUUGGCGGAGACAGAGUGCCGCUACGCCCUGCAGCUGCAGCAGAUCCAGGAGCUCAUCACCAGCCUUGAGGCCCAGCUGAGUGAGCUCCGCAGUGAGAUGGAGUGCCAAAACCAGGAGUACAACAUGCUUUUGGACAUCAAGACUCGGCUGGAGCAGGAGAUCGCCACCUACCGCAGCCUGCUCGAGGGCCAGGACGCCAGGUAG